AUGGAAGCCAACAAUUUGGAACUGAAUAUUGUAAUUUACACCGUUAUUAUUGAAGGUUUGUGCAAAGCUGGAGAAUUUCAAUCUGCAAGAGAUGUCUUCUUUGGUUUAUCAUCAAAAGGAUUUCGACCUGAUGUCAGGACAUAUACUAUUAUGAUUAAUGGACUUUAUGAUGAGGGACUAUUAGAUGAAGCAGAAAAGUUUAUUCAAGAAAUGGAAGAGAAGGGCUGUUCUCCAGAUGAUUGCACCUAUAACAUCAUUAUCCGAGGGUUUAUCAAUAAGAACGAGACAUCAAAGGCAAUGGGACUUAUUCAAGAAAUGCUGAUGAGGGGUUUCUCUGUAGAUGCAACAACUGUGGAAUUGAUAAAUGAUUUGUUGUCUCAGGAUAGAGUAGAUCCUGCCUUGUUGCCACUGUUAAAAAUUCAUAAUAUGGUUAAUUGGAAUAUUUGA